AACUAUCGGGUGGUUCCUACGCGUGAUCGCGGUGUAUCAGACCCCAUAAAAUCCCUACUGGCGAGCCGAGCCCUUUCUUGGAGUCGAAGCAGUAAUUCUCAAGGAUGUCUCGCCGCUACGAUAGCCGGACAACAAUUUUCUCUCCUGAAGGUCGUCUCUACCAAGUGGAGUAUGCCAUGGAGGCCAUUGGCAAUGCUGGGGCAGCCAUCGGCAUCCUAGCACGUGAUGGUGUUAUCCUUGUUGGUGAGAAGAAGGUCACCUCCAAACUCCUCCAGACAUCUCGGUCAACUGAAAAGAUGUACAAGAUCGAUGACCACCUCGCCUGCGCUGUUGCUGGCAUCAUGUCUGAUGCAAACAUCCUGAUCAACACUGCCCGGGUCCAGGCCCAGCGCUACACCUUCGCCUACCAGGAACCUAUGCCUAUCGAGCAGCUGGUUCAAUCGCUCUGUGACACUAAACAGGGCUACACCCAGUUCGGUGGUCUCCGUCCUUUUGGGGUCUCCUUCCUUUUUGCAGGAUGGGACAAAAACUACGGAUUCCAGCUGUACAUGAGUGAUCCUAGUGGUAAUUACAGCGGUUGGAAGGCAGCGGCAAUUGGUGCCAACCACCAGGCAGCACAAUCGAUGCUGAAGCAAGACUACAAGGAUGAUAUCACAAGGGAGGAAGCAGUGCAACUUGCUCUAAAGGUGCUGAGCAAGACCAUGGACAGCACAAGCCUUACAUCCGAGAAGCUUGAACUGGCCGAGAUUUUUCUUGAGCCUUCUGGGGAUGUGAAGUAUGAGGUCUGCAAGCCAGAGUUACUGGAGAAGUUGCUGGUGAAGCAUGGGGUGACUCAAGCCACCACAGAGUCCAAUUAAGUUUCGGGUCUCCUAAAGCAUUUAUGAUGUGCUCUUGGAUUGACGGCGCCCACUUUAAACAGUGUUUGGCUGGGGGGUUCAGAAAUCGUGUGUGAUGUUUGAACAUUUCAAUUUAGAACGAAAAAUCUUAUUUUGAUGUAUCAACUUUUCAGUUUAAAAUUAAUUGCUCCUUGGAAAUUCAUAGUGUGCUAUGAAA